AUGGGUUUGUCGCAAGCAAGCGCCUCGGCAUUUGGUAAUACCGCCAGCAAUGUUCCCGCUCCAGUACCUAUGGGUUUGUCGCAAGCAAGUGCCUCGGCAUUUGGUAAUACCGCCAGCAAUGUUCCCGCGCCAGUGCCUAUGGGUUUGUCGCAAGCAAGCGCCUCGGCAUUUGGUAAUACGGCCAGCAAUGUUCCCGCUCCAGUACCUAUGCGUCUGUCGCAAGCAAGUGCCUUAGCAUUUGGUUAUACCGCCAGUAAUGUUCCCGCACCAGUACCUAUGGUUGUGUCGCAAGCAAGCGCCUCAGCAUUUGGUAAUACCGCCAGUAAUGUUCCCGCUCCAGUACCUAUGGUUGUGUCGCAAGCAAGCGCCUCAGCAUUUGGUAAUACCGCCAGCAAUGUCCCCGCACCAGUACCUAUGGGUGUGUCGCAAGUAAGCGCCUCAGCAUUUGGUAAUACCGCCAGCAAUGUUCCCGCUCCAGUCAGUACCUAUGGUUGUGUCGCAAGCAAGUGCCUCAGCAUUUGGUAA